AUGUUCGAGCACGUUGCCGGUGGAUACGGUCACAAGUUGGUUAAGCUUGGAACCAUACAAAUUCAGGUGGAGCGGACGGUCCUCAUGAGUUACGAGACUAACAUCCUCACGCAGCUAAUGGAGCAUGGUCCGUACAUGUACGACUGGAGGCCGUUCGAACUCGUCUCGCUCCUUUCUCAAGCCGCUGACAUUUUCGAAGGAGAAGCCACCAUGCUGACAUUGAGAACUCCUAUUGCAAUUAUUGGAGAUAUAAGAGGACAAUACCAAGAUCUGCAUCGAUGGCUCUACAUUACUGGUUUUCCUCCUCGACAAAAAAUACUGUUUCUUGGCGCGUCGUUCAGGUACGCUUCCCACAUGAUGUAUUCUACAUCAGAGGAAUGGGUGAAAUGCUGCCGAUUCAAUUUCAACCUCGGUUCCGCAGACGUAAUGACUCGGCCGUUCCAGUCCGCUGCAACCCGAUUGUGUAAUAAUCUCCCACUAAUGGCACGGAUUUCGAAUCAGAUUCUCGCCGUGUACGGUGGUCUUUCACACGAGCUGUCGAAUUAUGAGUGCAUUGAAGCAGUAAAACGACCGUUCACCCUAGCCGACAUGCCUACACUGGCCAAGGAUCUUAUUUUUAGCGAACCGACAAACGGCUCUGCAACAUUUGGCUUUGGUGCCGUGAGUCGGGUAUGCCGUGACAUGGGACUAAAAUUGAUUGUUCGAGCACGGAAUCCGCUAGAUAGUGGCAUAUGUUGGCUUGGAAAAAAGCAGCGGCUAAUCAGUUUAUGGAGUGCUCCAGCAAAGGCGUCAAAGAAGGUGAGAACUAUGUGA